AUGGCGGGAAAACAUAUCCAACUAGCUGACAAGAAGAUGGCCUACAUGGAAGCUUACCCUGGCGGCCUGGACAACGACCGAAGCUACGAAAACCACGUAACGGCCAUAGUGGAGGCACUAGACGCCGCUGUCGGGAAUCUCUCACUCGCGGAACAGCGAGCUGACGGUGAGUCAUCAUCCCUACAUUUCAUCCUGCUGUGA